AUGUCACAUGACGAAAACGCUCUCGCAUCGCAGCCGCUCGGCAACUCGCUCCAGCUGGUCCACUCGCAGCAGACCACAUCGAUGCCGACAACAGGCGCAUCGAGUGCGACGUCGUUUUCGGCGGUGGCUAUGGCGGCAGCCGCGUUUCAUCCUGGCAGUGCAGGCCGGAAGGGUGAUGUGCUUGGCCAGGAACACGAGGAAGAUCUGACUCCCGAGGAGCGGAUCCAGCGCCGGCUGGAUGAACGGCAGCGGAUGGCUAUGACUAGACACUUGGAUGAGCUGGAGCGCCGAAAGGCUCGCGAGGCGAUGCCGACCCAAGGCGCGCCGCGCAAGUGGAUCAUGGUCCAUCUAGUCACCCCCGAUGGCUCGGUCCAGCGGCGGGUCCAGCUCCACGAGCUGGUCAGCGGCGAGUUUCUUCUCAAGGGUUUUGCCGAGAAGCUCAAGCUCAUUGAGUGGGAGCAUUUUCAGCUGGCCAAGGUCAUCGGCGGCGGCAACGCCUUUGCCCGCUACCUCGACGCCGUCGAAGCGCGGCUGGUCAUGCCCGACGCUGUCGACGAGGCAUCUACCAGCCCGACGCCGCGAGCCCGCAAGUUUGCACCUGACGCAAGCAGCCAGGGUGGAGACCAUGCGACUGCCAUCCCGCAGCUCAAGCUGCAGUGGAUUCACGACGAGGUCAAGGUGAUGGAACAGGGAGUGAAGGAGGGCGACGUGCUGGUGCUGAUGGUCAAGCUCUACACCGCCGACGUCGCCGAGUGCACCUGCGUCCGGGCUGUCCAACUCUACUACGUCGACAUUGCCAUCAAGAUCUUCUCGCACGUGUGGAAGGUGACGGCCGAACAGGCGUACAAGCUUGCGUCGUUCAUGGUCCACAUCCGGCUCGGCUCCUACUCUAAGGCUCGCGAGAAGGACCGCAGCGCGCUCGCCAAUUCGCUCGGCCACAUCCUCCCAGCCAGCUUUAUCCCGCGGUCGAAAAAGGCGCGCAAAGCCGUCACCCGCACCAUCUUUCGCUACUACAAAGAGUACGCCGGCAUGCGCCGGACGCUCGCCAUGAUCAACUUUUGCGAGUACGCCACGCUCGCUGCGGGCUAUGGCUCCAUCGUCUUUCACGUUCACCAGUCCUCGUCGGCGGCCGCCGCUGUCGGCUCCGCCGCGCCGUCAUCAGCCGACUCGGGCGAUGAGCUCAGCGACGGUGACGGCGCGAUGGGCGCCCUUGUUGACGCCCGCCGCCGCGCUUCCGCGCCAGUCCGAUCGCUCGCCAUCCUCCCGCAAGGCCUAGCAGUGUACGACGCCGCGGCCUGGGACGCCGCAUCGGCAGACACUCUCCCGCUUCCGCUCGAGGUCCACACUUUUGAGUCCGACAUCGACGCCUUUACCUACGAUGCCGGCACCCUCGACGUCGUCCUCUCCUCCGGCCGCAUCCUCUCGUUCGAGGCCGCAAAGGUGGGCGCUGACAACGACUCACUUGAUGGGCAUGAUUUCGCCGAGCUCUCUGUCGAGCCAAUGGCGCACGCCCGCGAAGUCCUGGGAGGUUACCAACACUUUUUCUUCAUCGGCAAGGUCUCGACGCCCGGCGCGUCGCACCGCCGGCGCACCGCCUUUUCGGUCGCCGUCAGCCUGCCUUCUGGCGAGCUCCGCGAGUCGAUUGCUGUGACCCAGACAACAACCGGAGACAAAGUCUUUCGUGAGUAUGCUGACCGGCUGCAGAUCACCCACCGCGCCGGCUUUGGCCUCUGUGAGUCGACGCUCGACAACGACCGCUGGCUCGACAUGAACCGGCCGCUGGUCGACCAGUUUGUGACCAAGCGGACCAAGCUGGUCUUCAAGAUGCGGUACUUUUUCAUCACCGAUGCGUCCAUCGCCGCCGAGGACGACGAUCACGCCGUCAUGGCCAUCUUCCACCAAGUACGCCAGCUCAUUCUCGACGGCUACUACCUGGUCACCGAGGAGGAGGCCAUCGAGUUUGCCGCAUUCUCGUGCUUUGUGGAGAACGGCGCCUAUGACCGCUCCGCCCACGCCGUGAGCAUGAUCGUCGCCGACGGCCUCGGCACUUACAUUCCGACCUGGCUGCGCCCAAAGCGCAAGGACCGCGAGUGGGCCACGAUGGUCUUCUCCCGCUUCCGCAAGAUGGGUGACGUCGGCUCGGACGUCGAAGCCCAAAAAGCGUACAUCAUCCGCGCCAUGGACCUCACCACCUUUGGCAUCACCUACUUCAAGGUUCUCUCCGACGACGACCGCGACCUCUUGCUCGGCGUCGCGCCCGCAGGCAUCGUCGUCUUCACCGCAACUCACUUUAAGAAGCUGCACGUCUUCUCCUACCGCGACCUCCGCAUCGAUGUCACGCCGGCCGCCGUCACCCUCACGGUGCUUGUCAAGGACGGCGAGGUCGACCCGCUCCUUGGCGCCGCCCCAUCGCACUGGGAGGACCACAUCAUGUACACCGAGACGCCGCUCGAGGCCAAGUCGAUCCGCGAAAUGGCCUCGACCUACCACCGCAUUGCCUACGUGCGGGCACAAGUUCGCGCCCGCGAACGCGCCCGCGCCCUCGCCGUCAGCGGUGCCUUCUAG